AUGACGGAACAAGUGAUUGUAGCCAACAGUGUGCCCGGCAUUACUGCCCCAGGUAAUAUUCAUGUCAUCCAGCCCAGCUACUCUGUGGCCUCUGGAAGUCAUGUGCAGCCUUCAGGGGUGACCACUUACCCAGUCUCACCAAAAGUAAUCCAGUGUGCUACAGGAAGAGCAAACUUACAGAACCAAUUCGUGGUGGACCAGAACCCAGUGGCAGGUGCACAGAGUCAACCCACUGGGUAUCAGCAACAGUAUCCGGGGGGAGCAGCCAGUUUGCAGACUGUGCCUGGGGUGAUCCAGUACACACAGAGAAUGACGAAUUUCCAGACCCGGCCUGGAGACCCUCAAAAUCCUCUGAAUGCUAACCCUGGGAUGACACCCACCUCAAACUCGUUCCAAUGGAACAUGUCAUUUUCAUCAUUUACUGCAUUUGAUCCCAAGAAAUUCAUCAAUGAGGAGGUCAGAACAUUAGGGGCCAUCCAGAUCCUCAUCGGCCUGACGCACAUUUUCUUUGCAAUUAACCCUGUCCUGUAUCGCUGUAUUUUGGUGAAGCCAUGUUAUACUGCAACCGGGAUGUCAGGGUACCCAGUCUGGGGAGGACUAUUCUAUAUUGCAUCUGGAUCCCUCUCAGUAUGGACUUCAAAGGACCCCAGCCCUUGUGUGGUGAGCACCAGCGUUGGCCUGAACGUCGUCAGCGCAAUCUUGUCCCUCGGCGGGAUCCUCAUUCUCAUUGCGGAUCUGUGCACCUACUAUACGAUGGUAGAGGUAAAGACAAUUUUUGGUGGUCUGCUCCCCUUUGCCCUCCUGGAGUUCAUCCUCACUUGUGUGGUCUCAUAUUUUGGGUGCCAGGCUACCUGCUGCAAACAAUAUGGGAAUACAACAGGGAUUCCAGCCAUAUUCAGUUUAAACCCAUCCAGUACUACCACCAUCCCUGUCAAUGCUACCACUGUUCCUGUCAAUGUGACCACUGGCCCUGCCAACACUACCACCAAUUCUGUCAAUGCUGUCUACGACAACAAUGAGAGUAGGCUGCGGAGAGCAGAGGCAGCGGGGAGCGGGCAGCGGCACAGCAGCGGUGGCAGCCCGGUGAGUACCCUCCGCCCUUGCAGGGCCUUAGUACAGGCCGCCCAGCCCCGCACGGGCACCUGGGAUCCCUGGGAAAGGAAAGGUCGAGCUGCUCAUCACAGGAGGGUGCGGCCCUCCCCGUGCGGCUUAUCCCCCACCUGGCACGAGGGGCUGGAAAGCUCCCGGGGCCAUCUGAACGCCCGGCCUCUCACAGACAGGGAACCACCAGCCCAGAGCCCGUAG